AUGGCACCUCCUCAAAGACAGUACUCUGGUCACUCUGAUGACUCCAACCUCACAUACGGCUCUAGUGCCGCCUCGUCCCCGGAUCUCAGAGCAAUUUCAGAGGAUCAGCUCGCUCAAUUGGGCACUCCUAUCACUCCUCCCUUAGAAAAUGCCGUGGCCGACUCCUUUGUCUUCGCUUUCGACAUUGACGGUGUUCUGGUCCGCGGUGGCAGAGCCAUUCCCGAAGCCGUCGAGGCUAUGAGAUUCCUCAAUGGCGCGAACCCAUAUGGUAUUCAAAUUCCUCACAUCUUCUUGACCAACGGAGGUGGCAAGACUGAGGAAGAGCGAUGCCAGGAUCUAUCGAGCCAACUUCAACAAGAUAUCAAGCCCGGCCAAUUCAUCUGCGGCCACACCCCCAUGCGCGAGAUGGCUGAGACCUACGGCACUGUUCUUGUCAUUGGUGGUGAGGGUGAGAAGUGCCGUCACGUCGCCGAGGGCUACGGCUUCAAGGAUGUUGUCACCCCUGGCGACAUCAUCAAGCACAACUCUGCUACUACUCCAUUCCGCAAGUUGACGCCAGAGGAGCACUCCAACUCCCGUGACCGUGACUUCUCAGACGUCGUGAUUGACGCCGUCUUUGUCUUUGCCGAUUCCAGAGACUGGGCUGGUGAUAUCCAGAUCAUGCUUGACCUUGCCAUGUCCAAGGGUGGUCGUGUUGGCACUCGCAGCGACACGUUUGACCAGGGUCCUCCUUUCUACUUCUCCCACAACGAUGUUGUCUGGUCUGCCGCCCACGAGCACGUCCGUCUGGGCAUGGGCGCACUCCGCCGCAUGUUUGAGGUUACAUUCAAGGACCUCACUGGCGGCCGAGGCAAGCUCACUACCCACGCUUUUGGCAAGCCCCAGGUCUCAACCUUCGAGUUUGCUUCUCGACUGAUGGGUCAAUGGCGCAACACUGAGCAUGGUUUGGUGGCUCCUCCCUCAACUGUCUACUUCGUUGGUGACACUCCCGAGAGUGACAUCCGCGGCACCAACGCCGUGAACGAAGUUGCCGACAAUGAUUGGUACAGCAUCCUCGUCAGAACUGGUGUCUACGAGGAGGGUACUGUGCCCGCCUACAAGCCUCGCAUCACCGUCAACACCGUCCUCGACGCCGUCAAGCACGGUCUGGACCGCGAGAUGGAGAAGAAGCGCACUGCUCUUCCACUGAAGCAGGAUGUCCUUACUGCUAAAGAUGUCCUCCACACCGAGAAGGUGCAAGUUGUCAUCGAGUAG